CUUUCUAGGUACAGCACGUCUGUGUCCUGUUAAAGGCAAGAAGAAAAGGAGACGACGAAAGUCCCCCAUAAAUGCUUCCCGACCAAGAACCGGCGCGCGGUGCCCUUUUCGGGAGGAGGUCGGUGAUGGCGGUCGGACCGACCGCCGACUUUUGUGUGCGGGAGUGAGCGAGCCGGCAGCUACGGGAGCUAAUGUGCUAGCAUGCUAAGGAUACAUCUGCAAAGGUUUCAAACGCUCAUCGCCUUCAUGUGCCCGAGAUGACAGUCAGAAACAUCGGUAAAAAUGACACAUAGAAAGGAUCGCGUCCCAAUGGAAGUGUGGAUUAGAACGCAAAGCGGCUAUUAUGUUGUUUGAAUCCGAACGGUCGGAUGCACACGACACAUUUUAACGGUCCUUCUACACUGGAAAAAGAACCCAAUCGCCCUUUUUUUUUUUUUACCCGAGAAGAUAAUGAAAUUAUGUAUAUGUGAAACACAUUUCAGUCACGUGCUACUGAGGUAAAUACAAAGUCAUAUAUGUUUUUGUUUUUUUUUUUUGUUUUUCCCCAGAAGAGGAGCAUAGAACAGUUCCGCCAGGUGUAAAUUGAUGUGACCAAAGACGGAAUUUUCCUUUUUUUUUCGUUUCGUUUCGUUUUUUUUUUUUUUUUUCUCAGCCAGUCGAGAUGCAAAGUCGGCUCGGAAUGGCCACAGCAGCUAGACCAAAAUUGAAAAAGUGGCUUCUGAAGUAGUGUGGGAAAAGCUCGUCUCUUUGUCGGUGGAGGAAAACCCAAAAUCGUCGAGCUUGAUUCCUUCUCAACCUUUCGUGGCCUACUCGGGGAAGGACGCCAGUUCGUUAAAUUAUGCUUGGCUAACCCACUCCGUUCUCCGAUUGAGUGACAAGUUUGACUUGAAAGUAUGGUAGGGGCCCAAAUCCCAAGGGGGGUUUGUCACGUGCCCUGGAAAUGGAUUGAACAAUAUUCCCGAUAGCGUCGCCUUCAAAAUGCCUCCAUGAUGUCGCGGUCUUGCCUGGGAUGAAAACAACGCCCUUCUGCUGUGGUUCGAGUUGACUCCCCGCUCCCUCGGGAAGACGAGAAACCCGUCGGGAAAGAAAGACGCCCAUUGGCUGACGUCAACGAUCCUUUGAGGCUGGCCCGAGAAAGAAAGGACCCCGAUCUCGGCAGAGCCAGUUUUGGGCCUCCCUCUUCAGCGCCGAGACCCGACGGCGACGCGUACGUCGAAUGUGAAGUUGUUGCCUUCGAGGCUUGCGUGUUUUUGGGCCCAUCGCGCCCAGAUGCCGGCCGCCGCAUAGGAACGCGGCGCCGAUCGCCGGACAUGCAGUCGUCUUGGCCGCAGGCGGGCGGCGACUCGGUGGUGCAGUUGCGCUUCCCGAGCGCCCAGGCCUCGGUGCUGGACGGCCUGAACCGGCAGAGGGAGGACGGUCGCCUUUGCGACCUGGCCAUCCACGUGCAGGGUCGCGUGUUCAAGGCCCACCGCUGCGUCCUGGCCGCCUCCUCGCCGUACUUCCACGACCAGGUCCUGCUGAAGAACAUGUCCCGCGUGUCCAUCCCGGCCGUGAUGGACCCGCUGGCGUUCGAGGGCGUGCUGCGCUGCGCCUACACGGGCCAGCUGAGGAUGCCGCGCCAGGACGUCGUCAACUACCUGACGGUGGGCAGCGUCCUGCAGAUGUGGCACAUCGUGGACAAGUGCACCGAGCUGCUCAAGGAGGGCGGCGGCGGCGGCGGCGGCCUCGCUCGGGAUCAGGCUCGGCCGGCGGGGUCCCGGGAGCAAAGUUCCGAUGCAAGAGCCCCGCAGGGGGCGAGCCGAGCCCCGGCCGCCGAGAGCCAGUCUCCCAGCAGCACCGACUACUUCUGCCCCGGAGGGGCCGCCCCCGCCGGGGGGGAGGGCUUCGCCAUAGAAGCGGGGGCCCGGGAGGAGGAGGACGACGACGACGACGAUCGGGACCGGGAGCAGGAGCAGGGGCAGGCGCGCCAGCGAAAGAAGGCGAGAGGAAGGAGGAAGAAAAGCGGCAGCUCGGCGUCAGAGGAGGACGUCGGCGUCGGCGACGGCUUUGGCGUUUCCUCCUACCAGGACGGCGAGGGCGCGUCCCACCGCGGGCGCCCCGGCGAGCGGCGGGGAGCGGCGGUCGAGGCCGAGCGGGCCGAGGCCCGUCCCCCCGUCGCGGUGUCGGGCGAGGCGAAGGAAGGAGAGGGAGAGGCGCAGGAGGAGGACCGCGACGAGCCGGACGGCGGCGAAUUCACCAUCUCGCACGUGCGGACGUUGUCGGCGGAGGUCGCCGACGCGCAGAUGGACUUCUGCCAGUCUUCCCAGGACUUCCUCAAGUGGGACGCGGCCUACGCUCAGCGAGACCAGGACGCGGCGGCGGGUCCGAUCCCGAGCCGGGGCGCGGCUCCGCCGGGUCCGGUCCCGAGCCGGGGCGACUUCUUCCCUCUGGACAUGCAGGGCAACCAGAUCCUGGUCUACGGACAAACGUCAGCGUUCUCGGCGGACGCCCUGCCGACGGCGCCGCCGCCUCUGAGCGGAAUAAUCGGCGGCGAGCACGGCCCCGCGUUGCCGGGAGGCGGCGGCGGCGCUUCCGGCAAAGUCUUCAUGUGCCACUGCGGCAAGACGUUCACCCACAAGAGCAUGAGGGAGCGCCACGUCAACAUGCACUUGGACCUGCGACCCUUCCACUGCCCCGUGUGCGGCAAAAAGUUCAAGAUGAAGCAUCACCUGACGGAGCACACCAAGACGCACACGGGCCUCAAGCCGUACCGCUGCUCCGGCUGCGGCCGCAAGUUCAUGUGGCGAGACAGUUUUGUGAGGCACCGGUCCCACUGCGAACGGCGGGGAGGGGGCGGCCCUCGCUUCCUCCUCCCGCCGGGCGCGGAGGCGGAGCCUCCGGGGCCCCCUCGCGCUCGGCGGCCUGCCGUCGGGACGCGCCGCCCGCUUCCGUCUGACUAACGGCGGUUAGCGACGGCAGACGACCGUCGGCGCGAGCGUCUAACCCUGCUAACGACGCGCGAUGGCCACCGGUGCGACGACGGCCGAGACCUCUUUCUCGUCGCCGAGGCCCGCGUUACAUCACGUGACCUACGUGCGUCCCCCCC